UGUGCAGUAGAGUAAUGGCGUGCCAUUCCGCACAAAAAGUGCGCUGUUAAAAAUUUUUCUUGCUAACAACAAACGCUCCAUAGUUAACAGCUGAAAUAAUAAAGACAGAUGAAAAUGACAAAAUAAGUGUCAAAAGUGUUUAAAUGGUGCUCUGAUUAUAACGCAUCUUGCUUGUGCUACAAUACUUCGGGCUAAACUAAAAGAAUUGGCAAUUUUUUUACCGCUGGCUGCUGCUCUCAAAAAGUGAAAAUUGCAUAUUGUCUGCAGAGAAGUUUGUGUCGAACGAGCGAGGGAGAGAGAGAGCUUUUAGCAGCAGCAAAACAAUGGCUGAUAUUGUUUAUCCCAACGGCUGUCGGCCGUUGGUUGAGGAUUUAGGCACCGACGAGCUUAUCCGUCGACUUAAGACUUUAGCCAAUGUACUACAGACUAUGGAUCAGGAUGACAACCUGCACCAGCAGUAUAUACCAUUAGCUUUGCACCUACUCGAUGAUUUCUUUAUGCAGCAUCAGUCGAAAGAUGUCCAAUUGUUGAUUGCGUGCUGCAUAGCGGAUGUUUUGCGUGUAUACGCGCCUGAAGCCCCCUACAAGGAACAAGAUCAAAUCAAAGCGAUCUUUAAGUUUUUUAUCAAGCAACUCCAUGGUCUAAAGGAUCCGCGGGAUCCGUCUUUUAAGCGAUACUUUUACUUGCUGGAAAAUCUAGCAUUUGUCAAGUCAUUUAAUAUGUGCUUCGAACUGGAAGAUUGCCAAGAAAUAUUCCAUGAAUUAUUCAGCACUGUUUUUAAGAUUAUCAAUGAUCAGCACAGCGUUAAGGUGAAGAACUUUUUUCUCGAUGUUUUGAGUCCUCUGAUUACUGAGGCAGAUAAUUUGUCUGUCGAACUGCUGGAUCUUAUAUUGAUCAACAUUGUGGAGCCAAAUAAAUCAACCAACAAACAUGCGCAUGAACUGACGGAACAGCUACUGCUCAAGACAGGAGAUGCCUUCGAAGCAACUAUUAAAUUGUUCUUCAAUCGUUCAUUGGUCAUGGACAAACCUAAUAACAAGCUAGCCAUUACUAGUAAGAUCUAUGAUUUAAUCUAUGAGCUUAACCAAAUCAACAGCGAUCUAUUGGUAUCGGUCCUACCGCAACUGGAAAACAAGCUUCUCUCCACCGACGAUGCUGAGCGACUGAAAGCUACAACAUUACUGGCGCGUAUGUUCUCCGAGAAGGAUUCACAAUUGUCUAAGAAGUAUCCAUCGCUAUUGCGUGUAUUCUUUGGCCGGUUUUGUGACAUUACUGAACCAGUUCGCGUUAAAUGCGUUCAAUCGUCAAUGCACUUUUUGCUCAAUCAUCCGCAUCUGCAGGCUGAAAUAACCGAAAAGCUACGGAUGCGCCAUCACGAUCUGGACGAGCUGGUGCGCCAUGAGGUCGUGAUGGCGAUUGUGGAAACCGGGAAGCGUAAUUUCGACAUUGUCGUUAAAUCGCCAGAGCUAUUAGAAAUUGUACGUGAACGUACGAUGGACAAAAAAUAUAAAAUACGUCGUGAUGCUAUGAACGGCUUAGGGUACAUCUAUAAGCGAGCAAUCUGCGAGCCAAACGAUUUGAGUGAUGAUGUGAAAAGCCAAGUAGAUUGGAUUAAGAACAAAAUCAUGCAUGGCUACUACAAACUGUGCCUGGAGGAUAAACUGAUGGUGGAGCGUCUGCUUAUCACCUGUCUGGUGCCUUAUAAACUAGCACCAGAGGAACGUAUGAAGAAGCUCUAUCAUUUACUAGGAGAUUUGGAUACGAAUGCAACAAAAGCGUUUGUCGAGUUGCAAAAGAAUCAAAUGAAAUCACGGCACACGGUAAGUGAUUGGAUUAAGCUGCAUCACUCCAAGGAAUUUACGCCUCGUGUGCUCAGUCAACUGGCCGCAAAGCAGGCCAACAUUGCCAAAUUGCUGCCGGAUCCGCUGAAGGCUAGUGAGUUUAUCACACAGUUCAGUCAACAUUUGCGCAAAGAUGCUCAGCUACUACGCUGUAUAAACAUUGUUCUUAAGCGGGAUGUCAGUUGCCGCGAAUGCGCUGACACAAUGAGCGUGCUGCUCAAAAAGCUUGGCGCUCAUGUAAUGACCAAUCUCUACUAUAAUACGGUCAAAAUGCUAAUUGAACGCGUGGCCUCCGUCAUGGUGGACAAGGAGUCAAUUGGAGUGCUAAUCGGGCUGAUCGAACAGUGUAUUCAGGGCGGUGACAUUUGCCAUGAGAUUGGAAUAUCAUCGCACGAAGCAGGCGAACGCGGCCUUAAAUUGUUAUGCAUGCUAUCGUAUGUUUUUUCGGCUCAUUUCUUUACGGAUACCUCGUUGCGACAUCUUAUUGCGCUUUUAAGUUAUGAGCAUGAAUAUGUAGCACCGUUGGUGCUGAAAACACUGACCCAUUUGGGUCGUUAUCAGCCGCUUAUUGACGAUGCCAAUCCAGCUAUAUUGAAUGAACUGGCACCUAUUUGCAAGGACUUUGCGCUUAUGGGUACACCCAAGCAGGCCAAGCAUGCAGUGCGAUGUAUCUUUGUUAAUAGUCAAUCAUCAUCCACGGCCACUACGGAUGGCGGCGGGAGCGCCUCGACCACAACACAAACAGUGCAUCCCAUUUUCAAUGAAAUCAUUGAGGAACUGAGAGUUAAACUAGCACCCAAUUGUGAAUAUCAGCGAACUAAGAUUGUUACAUUGGGGCACAUAGCGUACAAUAUGCCACAGGCAUUCCUUACGCCCAUCAAAAACAUGAUAGCGAGGCGCAUUGUCAAGGAGCUGCUUAUACAAGAAGUGCCAGCGCAACGGGAUCACGAACUGCCCGAAGGCGACUGGUGCGAACAGGAUGAACUGCCGCCGGACACACUUUGCAAGUUAGAUGCUCUUAAGACGAUGGCACGCUGGCUGCUCGGCUUACGAUCCGACGAGCAUGCAGCCCAGAAAACCUUCCGAAUGUUGGCGGCCUUUGUUAAUCAGCGUGGUGAUUUGCUAGCUCAGAAUAGAUUGUGCGGUGCUGAAAAGUCGUGGUUGCGUCUUGGCGCCGCCUGUGCAAUGCUUAAGGUGUGCGAACAGAAAGGCGUUGGCGAUCAAUACAGCGCCGAGCAGUAUUUACAGCUCUCUCAGCUAAUGGAGGAUCCGGUGCUGGAGGUGCGUGAGAUAUUUGCCCGAAAACUGCAUAAGGGACUGGGUCGGGGUCUGCCGCGCCAUUGCCUACCCUUGGACUUUAUGGGUUACUAUGUGUUGAGCGGCAAGGAGACCAAUAGAAAAUUACAAGAUCAAAUACGUCAUUAUGUGGAGGCGGAUGUGAAUAGGCGACGGGAGUAUCUUAAGACUGUGGCCAUGACCUCACCGGAUAGCUCUACAGAAUCGCAAUCGCUGCAUAUUUUACCUGACUACAUGCUGGCCUUUGCCAUUCCGGUGCUGGUGCAUGAUCCUAGCUUCACGAAUCAUGAGGACUAUGUGCAGCUGCGCCAUAUGGAGAAGUGUUUGCGCUUCAUACUUGAGCCACUGAUGGCGAAACGGGAAUCAUUUGUGUAUGGUUUUUAUAAGCAACUGCUGCAUCUGAUUAAACACCGCGAGUACAGUCAGAGUUCGGACAAGGAUAGAAUGCAAAAUAACUAUAAAAUGUGGGCGCUCUGUGAUCUCGCUAUGCAUAUUAUCGAUGCUAAAGUUGGUCAAUGUGAUGGCAAUUCGAGCGCAUUCUCAAUGCCAUUGGCGCUGCCUGAAAUGUACUAUAAACUGCCCGCCGUUGCAAAUUUCCAGAACAAUGAAGUCUAUAUACCCUUGGACGUGUACACAUUGGGUGCCAAGACAAGCAAAGCGUCAGCAACGGCAUCGUCCCAUGCGACUGCGGCCAGUUCUAAACGGACUGCAGCAUUGGCAAUCAUGGAUGAUGACAAUUCACAGGAGAACAAUCUAUUUGAUAACAUACGCGCCGCAGACACCACAGAGCCGAUGACUAAGCGAACGCGCGGCGGUGCCGCAGCGCCUGCGAAAUCGUAGAGCAGAAUACGGCUACUUGUUAGUAUAGUGUUAGUUUAGGCCCUAAGUUAACUAAAUAUUUAAGACGUAGAUGGGUACUACGAUUAGAACAUACACUUACACACACACACACACACAUACUCACGCCACGGA